GCCCAGUUCGGGCCCGCCAACCCUUCAAUCCCGCCGAGACUAGUCUAUUCCUUCGUCUAUAUAUAUAUAUAUGAGAGAGCCAGUAGAGAUAGAAAUAGAGUUUGUUAUUUUCAGUUAUAGUAAUAGGAACUUUGUAGGAGAGGUUUUUCUUUCUCUGUGAACCAUGGAUGUGGAUGAAUCGUUCAGGCAACCAGGGGCCGUUCCAUUCAAGUGGGAGAUCCGACCUGGUGUGCCCAAGGUCCAGCACCGUCACCAGCAACCUGGUAACCACCAACGUUCAUCCACGAACCCGCCGCAGAAGCUCCGGCCUCCGCCUUCCAGUCCCCGGUCCAAUUUCCCCCCUCUGCCUGAAUUCCAAACCGGGACUUUCCGAUCAGCGCCUCGAGCCCGCUCCGAUCGCUGGAUAUUCGACCAGCCCGCGGUGGUUUCGGUCGGGUGCUUUCCAGCACCAUUGAUGAGCCGAAAGGAUAGCAAGAAGAGGAUCGUAAAAUUACCAGAGCCCAUGUUCAAUUCGGACAUCGAAAUUCUGACCCGACGGUCCUUUUCUUUUCGGAGGGCCCCGUCGCCAUUCCUGGCUUCGCCGUCGUCGUCUUACUCGUCAUACGGGUCUUCGCCUCGACCCGUCAGAGAUUCCGAUUGGGCCGGGUUCGGACUCUUCUAGUGAAAAACUGUUGUAUGUUUGGAAUGCUUCAGAGCCGUCCGAUUUGAAUACUUUUUUGAAGGAAUAAUAGUAUUCGCACGCCCUCAUCCAAGGCGCGUGGAAAGGACGAGCGAAUUGAAAUAGGACAACUUACUUUUUAAGCCACCCUUUUUCUUUAAUUAAUGAAGUAAUUUGGUCAUUAGUCAAA